CUCCCUCCUAUGAGUGAAGUCAUCUAUUAUUGAGCGAAAGGCCGUGCGUGGAAAUGUGUGGAAGACGGUGGAUUUGAAGUAGAAUUGGUUGCAAUCGAUCAAGGGUGAAGAAUAUUGCUGAUGGUAACAAAAGAAGCAGCUAUGUCUUUCUCGCAAUUUGGAUACCCUUACAAUGCAACUUCACAGUUUUUCGUGUCGGCAAACCCCAGUACGACUUGCUGCGAUUCGAUUUCCAGGUCGGUCUCUGACGGGACAGGCGGCUCCCAGACCGCCGCUGCCGCCGCCUCCUUCUGCUGUCCGUCCUACGAGAACCGACUCCUGGCGAGCAGCCGGACGGAGCUGAACGCAGCGCUGGGCAUGUACAGCUCUCCAUACGCAGCAGCGGCAGCAGCCAGCCAGAACUACGCCAACUACUUCCCCUACAGCACCGACCCAUCCGCGAUCUACUCCACUCUGAAUCCACAGUACGACAUCAAGGACAGCACAGGCACUUUACACUCUGGCAUCACUCAAACGGCUGCGUAUUACCCGUAUGACCAUUCACUGGGACAGUAUCAGUAUGACAGAUACGGGACAGUAGAUUUUAACAGCACAGCCAGAAGAAAGAACGCGACCCGUGAAACCACCAGCACCCUGAAAACAUGGCUGUAUGAGCACCGUAAGAACCCCUACCCCACCAAGGGCGAGAAGAUCAUGCUGGCCAUCAUCACCAAAAUGACCCUCACCCAGGUGUCCACUUGGUUCGCCAACGCCAGGAGGAGGCUAAAGAAGGAGAACAAGAUGACCUGGUCCCCAAAGAAUAAGGCCGGCGAUGACAGGAAGGAUGACCUCAACAAGAGCGAACAGGACUGUGUCACCAAAGAUUCUAGCGAUUGCAAGGAGGAGAAGGAUCUGCACCUGAGUGAUCUGGACGAUAUGGACGAGGAUGACUGUGAUAAGCUGGACAGUGACUGUGAGAAGGCGGCAGCAGAAGAGCAGGAACUCCACAGGGCCAUGGCUGUGUCUGCAAACCCACAAAAGAGAGACUGCAGCUCAGAUUUGCACCUGAGUUUAACCAACAGUUUCCACACGUUUCCCUGCGCCAUCAAAAGCAUAACCGCCCUCCCUCCUCUCCCAUCUGACUUCCUGGACCCGGUAGUGUCCAAGGCAGCCUCCUCGGCUGGCCUCACAGGAACAGUGUCCUUGUCCCACUUCGAGGCAUCCGAUAAGCCGAGGAUUUGGUCUCUGGCUCGCACGGCGGCUUCUGGGGUCAUACUGAGCCCUCAGCAGCAGAACUCUGAGCAGCUGAGGGCAGGAAACUCGAGCGGGGACUGCCAGCUUCAGAGCUCCAGGCUUAGUGGAGCUCCUGCUGGACAGUGUGGUGGCAUCAGGGGCCUCCAUGAAUCUAGCAAUGUGACCAACACUGAGAGCCCCUUUCCCGAGGGCUCGUCCUUGCACUCAAAGGUCUACGGCACAGGCAGCUAUAGCCACAAAGACCUCCAACUCCACUGCUCAUCCUAUGCCGCACUCCCAGAAACAUGCCAGUACUCUACUAUUGAAGGAUUCUCUGGUGGCAAAGUAGAGACACAGCCAUCUGACCUCAGUGAAGCCUGCGGGACCGUGCAGGAUGACAAGGUCACUGCGUUCAGACCAGUGAUGAAGAGGUGAAGCAGAUUGCUGCAGUCUGCACCACCAUAAAAAAGGGACAUGUUUUAUGCACUUAAGGACACACUGGCCAUGCAGUGGACUCUAAAUGGGAGCUACCUGGCGCUGCUGCAGCAGUGGGAGCUGUGAAACUGAACGUGGCUAUCAUUUUGCACAACUUUGUUUCCUACAGUGUUAAAGACUUUAUGCAAAAAUUCUAGAUGCAAAGGGAUGAGGUUGGCCAAGAUUUCAAAAAAUAAAACGGCCAAAUUUGUGUCAGGCAAUCCUGUAGUGUUCAGCAACCCUAUUUAUUUUGUGUGUAUUUAUUAUUAUUUGGUUAUGUUGUCUGUUCGUUGGUUAUUUAAUGUGUUUGAUCUUCUUUACGUGGUUCGUUACAUGUUGCUUUUUACUGUGGCUCUGUGUCAUUUUGCCUGAUGUAAAAGAGAAAUUGUCGUUGACCAUAUAAGGAGUGGAUCCUCCUGUGUUGCGCGUGGACCUGAACAGUUUUUUUUUUGUUGUCAUUGUGUUUCAGUGUAAGCUUCUUCCGUGUGUGUGUGUGUGUGUGUGUGUGUUUAUUUUUUUGCUAUUCAUGACAUUUUUUCUAAGAAUACACUUUUUUCCAAGAGCUCUCCUUUUUCUCUGUUUCGUGGUUAUUUUUAGAGCCAAUUAAAAGCUUUGCAGAUGUGCAUUUGAUCAAAGUUUCUCAUCUUGACUCGACACGGCGCUGAUGGAGGGUCAUAACUCACAGGAGGACGUGAGUGAAAUCCACAAGUUGUGGAAGAAAGGGGACAUCAUCUCUCCAUUGUCAGCGUCUAAUCACAAGUGGCAUCAAACACUUUGUUACUGUUCAGACCGAGCAACGAGGCAGAAACACAGGAUGAAUGCUGCUUUGUCCCCUGUGUAGCGAGCCGCUGCACUAACUUAACAUUGUGUUCAUUAAAAGGUCAUUUGUAGGAUCAAACCCGGCAGGGAAAUUCACAUGGUCCAUCAAAGUCUCUUUGAUUCGCUUGUUUUGCCCUUAGUCCAUCUCAUUAAAGGCUAACUUUGGUGAAUCUUCUGCAGACAUCUGUAAUAAGAUGAUCACUGUACAGAUGCCUCCUGACAGUCUGAAAACUUUUGAUCCUCACAUUUCUAACUUCUCAAAUCAAAUAGUUUAGUUGAAAACAACUUAAGGAGGCAGC